AUGCCUCCCAAGGGGAAAAAGGGCCAGGACAAGCCCAAAUCGAACGAGGAGGAACGCGACGAGCCGCUUCAGGCUGUGAUACUUGCAGAUCCCUUCGAAACCCGCUUCAGUCCUUUCACACUCGAACACCCUAGGUGCUUGCUGCCCCUCGCCAAUACCCCACUCAUCGAGUAUACAUUCGAGUUUCUAGCCAACGCAGGCGUGGAAGAAGUCUUCGUAUACUGCGGCGCACAUCGCAAGGAAGUCGAAGAGCACAUUACACGUUCAAAAUGGGCUGCGCGAUCCUCUCCGUUCUCGAGGCUGGAGCUCAUCCAGUCAACGUCGCACUCAAUCGGCGAUGCAAUGCGAGAUUUGGAUAGCAGGAGUCUGCUCACCGGCGACUUCCUCAUGGUGUAUGGAGACGUGGUCAGCAAUCUGCCGCUGGAGUCUGCGCUUGCUGCACACAGGGAGCGUCGGGCCAAGGACAAGAAUGCAAUCAUGACGAUGGUGCUGCGGGAAGCUGGAAACACUCAUAGGACGAAAGCCAUAGGGACAAGCCCGGUCUUCGUCAUCGAUCCGACAAAGGACAGGUGCCUGCACUUCGAGCAGAUGCCGAACCGGGACCAGACGCACUACCUCUCCAUCGACCCAGAACUCCUAUCCACCCACCAGGAGCUCGAGGUGCGACAAGAUUUGAUCGACUGCGGGAUUGACAUCUGCACACCAGACGUGCUGGCGCUAUGGAGCGACAACUUCGACUUUCAAGCACCGCGAAAGGGCUUCCUGCACAGCGUGCUGAAGGACUACGAGCUCAACGGCAAGACUUUCCACACGCACAUUGUUGCAGAUCAUUAUGCGGCACGCGUGCGGAAUCUCCACGCAUACGAAUCGGUCAGCAAAGACAUUGUAUCACGCUGGGCAUAUCCGCUAUGUCCCGACAGCAACCUUAUUCAAGGACAAUCAUACCGGUUACAGAAAGGCAAUGUCUACAAAGAGGAGGGCGUUAUACUAGCACGCGACUGCGUCAUUGGUUCGAAGACGGUUAUUGGACGAGGGACCAGUAUUGGCGACAAGAGCGUUAUAACCAACAGCAUAAUUGGUCGGCACUGCCAAAUUGGCCGAAAUGUCAAGAUUGAUGGUGCCUAUUUGUGGGAUUAUGCCAGCGUAGGCGAUGGAAGUACCGUGACGCGAUCUAUAAUCGCGAAUGAGGCUGCGAUCGGGCGCAAGUGCACGAUCGAGGCAGGCGCGCUGAUCUCGUAUGGCGUCAGCAUCAGCGAAGGUGUGACGAUCCGCGGAGACCAUAGAAUUACGAGAGCGAAAAGACGGCGGGAGCUUGAUGAAGAUCUUUUCAGAGGUGAUGCGGAUCCUACAAUCGUUGGGCAGAAAGGUGAUGGGUUCGAGUUUCAAGAUUCGGACGAGGAAGACGAGGAUGAGCUUGUAGAUGGGCUCAUCUCCGCUGGGCCAAUGUACAACCUCUCCAACGAGUCAAUAUCGACUCUAAACUCCGACUCCGAAGCAGACGAUUUCGAGAUACGGCAUGACCGAUCCGCAACGAGUAGCUUUCUGUCAGUAGGUUCUGCAGACAGCCAGCAUGCCGCAAACUUCGAUCACGAUGCUUCAGCCAGCAUAUACGAUUCUCUAGUCGAAGGUCACGAGUCAGCAAAUAUUCAGCUGGAACUUACAGCACUUCGCAUGAGCACGAACGCAUCCGACCACCAAGUCCGCCGCGCAGUUGUUACUUCAUUUGUCAAGCGCAUCACGCAGCUUAUCAAGUCUGGUGAACCCGUUAAGAACGCAGUCACUCAAGUCUUAAGCCAACACAAGGAGCUCAUCGAUCGCGCCAUCUUCGACAAGAACGCGUCGAACAAGGCCGAUCAAGUCGACCUCAUGCUCUUGUUACAAGCGGAUCUUGGCCACAAGGACAAUGGCGAGAACAUCUUACUGAGUGCAGCAACGAAGUUAGUUGAGCUAGACGCGGUCGAGGAGGACGGUAUGCUGCAGUGGUGGGAGGACGAAAGGAGCGUGGAGAAUGAAGAGAUGACGAGGGUGAGGGAAAAGACGAAGGGUUUGAUUGACUUUUUGCAGCAGGAGAGUGAAGAGGAGAGCGAGGAAGAUAGCGAAGAGGACGGAGACUCUGAGUAG